AUGGAUACUUCUUCAGGAGCGUCAAACUCAGGCUCUGCCAAUACAGCAGGUUCAUCUAGCAAUACAAAUGCUUCAGCCACCACGGGAUCAAGCUCGGUAACAUCAAAUAAAGCCUCAGGAUCAUCAAGGGCAGUUAUUGAUAAAGAAAAGUGUGUUGAAAGAUUUAUAAAAAGUGUACAAUUUCCAGUAAGUGAGAGGUUAACGAUAGAAGAUGUGUAUGAUAAAAGAACGGGUAAACCACGCUCAGAUGUGUUAAAAGAACAUUUUAUAAAAGAAGGUAGAAUUGAGGAAGAUGCAGCAAUAAAAAUUAUUCAAGAAUGUACAGCACUAUUUCGACAAGAAAAAACAAUGUUAGAUAUUGAAGCUCCAGUUACAGUAUGCGGUGAUAUUCAUGGUCAAUUUUAUGAUCUUAUGAAAUUAUUUGAAGUUGGAGGUUCUCCAGCAAAUACAAAAUAUCUCUUUUUAGGGGAUUAUGUUGAUAGAGGAUAUUUUUCUAUAGAAUGUGUUUUAUAUUUAUGGGCGUUAAAAAUUUGUUAUCCAAAUACAUUAUUUUUAUUAAGAGGUAAUCAUGAAUGUCGUCAUUUGACGGAAUAUUUUACCUUUAAGCAAGAAUGCAAAAUAAAAUACUCGGAGCGGGUUUAUGACGUGUGUAUGGAUUCUUUUGAUGCUUUACCAUUAGCUGCCCUUAUGAAUCAACAAUUUUUAUGUGUUCAUGGUGGUUUAUCACCAGAAAUUCACACUUUAGAUGAUAUUAAAAAACUUGAUCGAUUUAAAGAACCUCCUGCUUUUGGACCAAUGUGUGAUUUAUUAUGGUCAGAUCCAUUAGAAGAUUUUGGUAAUGAAAGGAAUUGUGAACAAUUUUCACAUAAUUCAGUUCGUGGAUGCUCAUAUUUUUAUAGUUAUGCAGCAUGUUGUGACUUCCUUCAACAUAAUAAUCUCCUUUCAAUUAUCAGAGCACAUGAAGCUCAAGAUGCGGGCUACAGAAUGUACCGAAAGUCGCAAGCUACCGGUUUCCCUUCUUUAAUCACAAUUUUUUCUGCUCCAAAUUAUCUUGAUGUAUAUAACAAUAAGGCUGCUAUAUUGAAAUAUGAAAAUAAUGUUAUGAAUAUUAGGCAAUUUAAUUGUUCACAACAUCCAUAUUGGUUACCUAAUUUUAUGGAUGUUUUUACAUGGUCAUUGCCAUUUGUUGGUGAAAAAGUUACUGAGAUGCUUGUUCAUAUAUUGAAUAUUUGUUCAGAUGAUGAAUUAUUAACUGACUCUGAUGAUACAUUUGAGGGAGGCAUUCCAGCUGCCAGAAAAGAAGUUAUUAAACACAAAAUUAGAGCUAUCGGAAAAAUGGCUAGAGCUUUCUCCGUAUUAAGAGAGGAAAGUGAAACUGUUCUUCAACUUAAAGGGCUUACUCCUAGUGGAACAUUACCAAUGGGUACUCUACAAGAGGGUGUUCGUGGUAUUCAUAAGGGUAUAAGUGAAAAUGAAACUGUAGUACAAUUAAAAGGUUUAAAUCCUUGUGGAAAAUUACCUCGGGGUGCUUUGUCUGGAGGACGACAGACAUUAGAAGAAUCACUUCAUGGAGUUCAACCUGGGCAUCGUAUACAGUCAUUUGAUGAAGCAAAACGUCUUGAUAAAAUUAAUGAAAGAAUGCCACCACCAAUGUCAUAUGGACCUUCAGGAUCUACAGGAAAUUCACCUUCAGCUUCUCCACAGCCUCGCAAACCAAAUAUGCCUCCAUCAUCAACUUCUGGUUCAUCACCUAGUUAA